GUGUCAACGUAUCUUUUCGACUGCUCUGGACAAAUUACCAAAUGAGCACAGAACUAUCUCUGGACGAGUUUAUAGAAUUCCUUGCAAGAGAGUUAACUGAAUCAGAGGUCAAACCUAGUUCUACAUACUGGAGUGCCAUCAGAACUUCUAGAUUGGAUCCUGAGACAGACUUUUACCGUGAUACUUUGUGUGAAUCCUCUGGCAGCUCUAGCAAGUCAACCAGGCCAAAUGGCAGGAACGAGCAAAGCAAAGACCAUGGGACCACUGGUCUACUUAAUUUAGGCAACACCUGUUAUAUGAAUGCUGUCAUACAGUGUCUUAGCAACACAGUACCACUAGUGGAAUAUGUUCUGUCCUGUAAUUUCGAGACUUCUGAAAACAGGGACAAAGGACAAGUUACAGUUACAUUUGCUGAUCUACUAACCAAAAUGCGGUUUGAGGAAAAACAGUUUGUGUCACCAGAAGCCUUUUUAAAUGCCUUUGGAUAUAUCCAUCCACCAUUUAGAAGACGGGAUCAGCAAGACGCUCAUGAAUUUUUGAUUUACACACUUGAUUCACUUCAUGAGGAACUGGUAACAAUGGGCAAGGCUAGCAGAAGGAGAGCAUUAGUGGCACAAGGAAGCAGUAGUAACUGUACAGAUGGUAACUUAGCCGAGUCUUCAAUCAUCACCCGAUUACUACAGGGAGUACUCAGACAUGAAAUAGUUUGCCUGAAGUGUGGAAGCACAAGGGAAAAAAAGGAGGUUUUCACAGUUUUAUCUCUUCCUAUUUCCAGUGGAAACCAACCAUCUAUACAGGAAUGUCUUCAAAGCUACUUCGAACAAGUCACCCUAACGUGGACAGAAAAAAUGUUCUGUUCCUUUUGUAAAAGAAAGCAGGAUACCGCAAAAGAAGUCUGCAUAAUUAAACCUCCAAGGAUAAUAAUAUUCCACUUUAAGAGAUUUGAAUAUCAACGUAACAUAAAAAGGAAACUAAGAGCAAAUAUCACGUUCCCUCUUAAGAAUCUAGACUUAUCUCCGUUUUUUUCACCAAGUGAAGAGAAUCACCCACAGUAUAACCUUUAUGCAGUGGUGAACCAUUAUGGAGAUGUGGAAUAUGGACAUUACACGGCAUACUGUAAAAAUACAGCAACCAAACAAUGGCAUGCCUACGAUGAUAUGAAGUGCUCUGAAAUUGCAGAAGCAGCUGUACAAACGUCCUCAGCAUACAUACUCUUUUACACCAACCAAGCAUUUGGAUUGACAAAAACAUUCACCUCAUCUUCGUAAAGUCAGCUGCUGAAGUUUCUGUUGAAAGUUACUUCCUAAUAAAACACUUCUCAUGCA